CUCCCAUGAUCGGACAGUGACUCUGGAUUGGAAAUCUGGCUGGCUUUGCGCUAGUUCUCCCAGAGGUUCUUUUUUCAAGAGGCAACUGGACUCUCCGGUUUUUCUUUGAAUACGUUUCGCUUUUCAUCCAAGGAGCUUCUUCAGCUCUGAUUUGUGCUGGUUCGCUUUUCUUCGGCUGCCAUCCCGGACCGCUCGGCUAUCUCCCUAAAAAUGGACACUGAAGGAGGAAAGAUGAAGGACUUGCUUGUAGAUGCUUUAGAAUGUCUUGAGGAAAGAGACAUUAAGAUGUUUAAGUCUAAGCUGCGAGACGUAGCAGUUCCUCGGGGAAAGAAAAUUCCACGUGGUCGGUUGGAAAAUGCAGACCGGUUGGAUCUGGUGGAGCUCCUUGUCGAAUUCUAUGAAGAGAAAGCUGCUACGCUAAUGAUAACUAUCUUGGAAGACAUGGGUUGCAAGAAAAAUGCUUCCAAUCUCAGCAAAGAGCUCAAGGAUCAAAUUCAAGGUUACAAAAAAAAGUAUGCCAAAUACGUGAAGGAAGAGUGCAAAAAUAUAGAAGAAAGGAACAGUCUGUGUGGCGAAAGCAUGCCUUUGAAUUCAUGCUAUGCAGAGCUGCUUAUUAUCAAGAAGCAUCAACCCCAAAAGCAGAAGGAGCGUGAACUCCUUGCCACUGGCAGGAUGCAUCUGGAAAUCCUGAGAACCAAUAGCCGUCAUUUAUCAACCAACCUUGAAGAUUUAUUUGACCCUGAUGAAUCAGGAAUUCCAAAAACAGUGGUGUUGCAAGGACCUGCAGGGAUUGGGAAAAGCACAACUGUGCAGAAGAUCAUGCUGGACUGGGCUGAUGGGCAGCUCUAUCCAGAUAGUUUUGAUUAUGUAUUUUGCAUUCGUUGCAGGGAAUUGAACUUCACUGAAAAAGCCAUCAGCUUGACUGAACUUAUUGUUGAGCAGUGUCAGGACAGAGAUGCCCCAGUGGAAGAAAUCUUAGCCUACCCUGAAAAACUGCUCUUUAUCAUUGAUGGUUUUGAUGAGCUUUCUCACUUUUUAGAAUCUGAAGGUAACUUGUGCGAGAAGCCUAAUUUAAAGGUGCCUUUGGAAAGUAUUUUAAACAGCCUGCUGAGAAAGAUACUCUUGCCAGAGUCCUUCCUCUUAAUCACCACAAGGCCGGGUGCUCUAGAGAGACUGCAGGGUUGCUUGAAGUGUCCCAGGUUCACCGAGAUUGUUGGCUUCUCAGAAAAAGGUCGCCGUGAGUUUUUCUCCAAGUUUUUUGAAGAGGAGAAGAAAGCUAAUAUUGCCCUGAGUUUCAUUGAAAAUACUGUUGCAGUGUCCACCAUCUGCUUCAUCCCAAUGGUGUGCUGGAUCAUUUGUUCUGUGAUUAAAAUAAAACUGGAAACCGAAGAUGAGAUUGCAGGCACCUUGGAUACCACAACAAAAGUGUUUUUGCAGUUUUCUCAUAUUCUUCUUAAGCAUGAUAAUCCCAGAUGGAGAACCUCCCCUCAAAAUGAGUUUAGAAAACUUUGUUCUUUGGCCAGAGCUGGCAUAAUGCAACAAAAAAUCCUCUUUGAAGAGCAGGAUCUCAAGGAACAUUGCUUGGAUGUUUCAGCUCUUAAGGACCUCUUUUUAGAGAAAAGAGCUUUCAGGACAGGUUUGGGCAGGCGCAGUCUCUACAGUUUUUUCCAUCUCUGUUUUCAAGAGUUUUUUGCUGCCAUGUGGUAUAUACUGCCAGCGGAGUCAACAAAAGAGGUGGAUCACAUUAUGGGCGACUUGCAUAGAGUAUUGGUUGAAUGGGAGAAGCCAAAUAAUCAACAUUUUGCACUAACUGUAUGUUUCAUGUUCGGCCUGACAAAUGAAAAGACACACAUCCUCUUUGAGCAAACCCUACAAUGCAAAACUUCUGACCUUGUAAAGCCUCUCUUAUUACAGAAAGCAGAAGAAGUAGCUGCUAAGGAAGUUGAUCACCAACACUAUUUCCUGCUACAUUUUUUUCACUGUUUGUUUGAGAGCCAGGAGCCAGAAUUUGCAAAGCGUGUGAUGCAUCACUUCCAAAUUAUUGAUCUUUCCUUCAACACGCUGUCUGUGUUAGACUGCAAAGUUUUGUCAUUUUGUCUGCAAAAUAGUACAAUUGAGGAUCAUUCCCUUAUCUUAAAUACCUGCAGGUUGAAAUCUCAUCACAUCAAGGCUUUGGCUCCAGGAAUUAAGAACUGUACAACUUUAAAGUUUGGAGAUAACAAACUUGGAGACUCAGGAGUGAAUGUUCUCUGUACCAUUCUGAAGCAACUGGGUUGUAAUUUGGCUAAUUUGAAUCUUGCUCGCAAUUACCUCACAGAUGCUUGUUCCCAAGAGCUUUGUGCUGUUCUCAAAACUAGUCACAGACUUUAUAGUUUAGAUCUUCAAGAUAACUCCUUCAGAGAGAACUCUGUCUCAUUCAUCCAAGACUUGAUGAAAAAUUGCACCACCUUGACUAUUUUAUGUUUGUUUUCAAACAGCUUUAAUGUAAGAGGACAAAGAUGCCUGGAUCUGCAAGCCAAGAAGAUAAAUGAAUCGCAACGUGACUUUCUCUUAUGGAUGUGACUGUAUUUUGUGGCUUUUUGUGGCCAAUUUACCUAGCAUGUAAAUUAUAAAUAUCCAAUGAAGGACUUUAUUACAAUCAGUACACGACUGUGGAGGUUCCUGUGAAAUGUUAAUACUGAAUGAAGUAAUGUAGGAAACACAGUUCUGUCAAUAUUCCAUUAUUUAAAUUGUAUUUGUUCCAGUUAUUUUUUCUGUUUAAUUGAAUACAUGUAUUCUCUGAGGUCAGCUGCCAAUGAGAAAAAUUUGAAACUGAGCUACUUAGCAUAUUAAUCCUCCAAAGCUAAACCUAUAUAGAUAAAAAGUAAUGAGGGAGUUAAUAUCACAGGAGUAGAACCUACUAGCACAUAUCACAUAGAUUAGAACAUCAUAGCACAUCUUGGGGUAUUUUGUGUAGGGUAUUUAAAUCCUCCACUGUGUAGGAUUUAAAUUUCUAAUAUAAAAAUGAGCUAUUAUAUCAUAACCCCAGAUUAGUCAUCUCUUUGCCAGAUUUAAUGAUCCUCUGCUGCAAAACUGAAUAGCAGCCGUUUGCCUUAAUCAAUUAUUGCCAAUUAUUUUCUCUGAGAGACAAUCUGUCUUUAAAUAGAAUGAUGUAAGAUAUGUUAAAGUGCUUCUGGUCAGAUAACAAAACCUGCCUGUUUUCAUCGAAUCCUGGGUUGAUAGAAUUUCGUAAUGGAAUUAUGAAACUUUUCAAAUUCCAAUAUUCACUAUUCCCUCCUCCCACCGUCAAUUACUACUGACAGCAAGGAAUGGAGAGAGUUGCUUGGGCAUUUCACUUUGCUUCAGUUGCCCAAGUAAGAUUGGCGAUUUAGAUACUAUGCACCUUGACUUUGCAGCAAGAAGACAGGGUGUGCUGGCUUGAAGCAGGAACAUGUCUUAGGCUUAUUUCAA